CUUGAAUGAUCUAGUGUAGGCAGUGCCCAGUGUUGUAGCCUAUGAGCGAUAGUGAGGACACCGGAGAGGACGACCGCAGGAUCUUGCGAUCAGCUAGAGGCCCGAUAUCUCACGUGUCCCUAGGACUGGGGGGUGAUAGGGAACUGUUCCGCCGGCAGCGGGAGAGGCAGCAGCAGAGGAGAGCUAGAUUAGCCGAGGCCAGCAGGGCAUUAGCUAGCGAGGCCGGUGCUACAGCAGCCAUGGCUACCACAACCAUGAGCACGUCUGCACAGCAGACUUCCCCAGCCGGUAGUUCAGGUAACACCGGGUCUACGGUCGCGCAGACCGUGAGUCAGUCCACUGGCUUAAUGGCAAGCCAGCCCGCGGUGUUGAACCCAGAGGAUGUCUCCAUCCAGCAGGCAGCCCUGCAAGAGGCACAGCUACAGCAGGCCUUAGGACAGAUAAAAAGAGAGAAGGAAAUGAUGAUUAGAAGAAAAACCAGGUUGCAACGAAGAGUGGCAGACAUAGAGGAGUUAGAGAUGAUGGACCUGACGCAUAUGGAUGAUGAUGUGAAGGUAGUUCGGAGGGCCCUGCUAGGCGUAAUUGAGAUGCAGGAGCAUCAAACUACCAUCCUUCAGGACAUUCAACAAAGCCUAGCCGUGUUGGCAGGCCGUGCUCAGGCAGCACCAUCACCAGCAUAUCCUCCUUUUUCUGUCCCACCGGUGAUAGGGGUAUCCCCAUAUGUAGCCCCUUCAACGGUUGCAAUAGUUUCCCUGGGCAUGCCGCUUUCAGGAGGGGUAACAGCAGGGAGUAGUUUACAGGUCCUGUUGACUUCGUACCUGAGAUGUUUUUCACAGCCUCUCAGGAACCAGUUGGCAAAAGAGGCCAACAUCAAUAUGCACAACUUCCCUUCGUUUAGCAAGGUGGCCCUAGACCUGGAAGCAAAGAUAGGGCAUGGACAGGCACCCACUACGGAAGGGAGAAAGAAGACACUGCCUCCCAACUGGAAGGCGAAAGGUCGCAUCAUGUUUGUCGACAACGAUGGAUCAACCAUCGAGUUGGACGACAACUUCCAGGAGGGAGUAGGUGCAGAGGCGGGUGGCGAAAUUUCAGAGUGUGGAGUAGUCGCCGCCGUAACCCAGCAAAAAGGUAAAGGGACCGGUAGACGCCCUAGGGGAUCCCGGUCGAAGAGUCAAACAGACCCCAAUGCUCCUCCAUGGGAGAAAGCGGGUCUAUAUGAGGACGUGUGGAGAAAUCCAUGGGCACGGCAAGCUUGUAUCAAGUGUGGCCAAUAUGGUCAUAGCAUGUACAAGUGCCGCAACAGGAAGGUCACCGAGAAGAUCCCGCCCACUAUGGGGCCGGCGUUUGACUGGGACCGAAAGGUGGUCAAACACACUUUGCCAAACGGGGGAACCGCCAGAUUACACAAGUACAAGGCUAGUAGUCUGAUCGAUUCCCACGGAUGCUUGUGUGCGGCCGCGUUCUACAAUUAUUAUAAGCAAAAUCCGGAGGAGGGUAUGUAUCUAGUUUACGUCUCUGCUGUGGGCGAGCCGGUAAAAAUGCCGCCAGAGAUAGAGGGAGUAGUGGCCAAGUACCCUGAUCUAUUUGAGGAGCCUACAGGGGUUGUUGAGAGGGAGGUCGUCCAUGCGAUAGAGAUUAUCCCAGGAUCUAGUAUUCCAAAGGGUAGGAUCUAUCGGAUGUCCCCAGGCGAGCUUGAUGAGCUUCGCCGCCAACUCAAGGAACUCGUAGAGAAGGGCUGGAUUCGGCCGAGUGUCUCUCCUUAUGGGUCUCCAGUUCUAUUCGUGCCUAAGAAGAAGGAGGGGACUCUUAGGAUGUGCAUUGACUAUAGGGGCCUCAAUGCCAUCACCGUAAAGAACAGAGAGCCCCUACCGCGCAUCGACGAUCUGCUAGAUAGAGUGCAAGGGUGCCGGUACUUCAGCAAGAUAGAUCUGAAGUCCGGAUACCAUCAGAUUGACAUCCAGCCCGAGGAUCAACACAAAACCGCUUUUCAGACCAGGUACGGUCUGUACGAGUUUGUGGUGAUGCCUUUCGGCCUUUGCAAUGCUCCUUUCACCUUUCAGCACGCUAUGAAUCGGAUAUUCCAUGACUACUUGGAUAAGUUUGUCAUCGUGUACCUCGAUGACAUACUUAUUUUUAGUAAGACUGUCGAGGAACAUGUUGCACACUUGGACAAAGUCCUCGGUCUCCUGCGACAGCACAAGUUCAAGAUCAACGGUGAGAAAUGCGAGUUUGGCCGCACCCGUGUCUUGUACUUGGGUGAUGAUAUCUCCGCGGAAGGGCUGAAGCCCGAUGACGCGAAGGUGGCCAGCAUUCGUGAUUGGCCACGUCCUCAGUCUUUGACUGAGAUGAGAUCUUUCUUAGGAAUGACARGCUACUAUAGGACUUUCRUUAAGAACUACARCAUAGUGGCCGCUCCUUUGACUGAYCUGACCCGCCUYGACACCCCUUGGGAGUGGACAGAUAAGUGCGAGGCUGCUUUCAGACAUUUGAAGCAUGCAUUGACGCACUAUGAAGUCUUGAAACUUCCUGAUCCUGACAAGCCGUUUAUAGUCACAACGGAUGCCAGCCAAUAUGGCAUUGGCGUCGUGCUUGCGCAGCAGGAUGGGCCAAAGUUGAGGCCAGUAGAGUACAUGUCCAAAAAAAUGUCGUCUCAAAAGUUGGCUAAGUCCACUUAUGAGAAGGAACUCUAUGCGGUGUACAAGGCUCUCGCCCAUUAGAGACACUACCUCCUUGGGCGGUUCUUCAUCCUUCGGACUGAUCAUCAGACCCUGAG